AUGGACUUCAAUAAACUCUGCCCGGCAAUGCCUAAAGUUGAGUUACACGCUCAUUUAAAUGGGUCUUUAAGCCGGAGUACAUUGCUUGAACUUAAAAGAUUCAAUGCCGAUACCGGUGUUACCGACACAUCUGAUGCUUUUUUGGAUGAAUUUCAAAUUGGUGCUGGAGACACUCGGAACUUAUCAGAUUGCUUUCAAGUUUUCAACAUAGCUCAUCGGCUCACUAGAACUCCAGGAAGUUUGGCUUUAGCCACAACACUAACUCUAAAAGAAUUUCAAGAUGAUGGUUGCUGUUAUAUUGAAUUGAGAAGUACACCUAAAGAGACACCAUUCAUGACAAGCAGACAAUAUAUCGAAACUGUUUCUGAGACAUUAAGAAGCAAUGCACAUCUCCCAAUCAAAUCUAGACUUAUUGUAUCUAUAAAUAGAAACAGUUCAAUUAAAGAAGCAGAAGCUAUAUCAGAAUUAACUAUCAGUUGUUACAAACAAUAUCCUGAUGUUAUUGUGGGUAUUGAAUUAAGUGGAGACCCCAAUAUAGGUCAAUUCGAAGACUUUGUGCCUUCUUUGACAAAAGCUAGAUGUGCUGGUUUAAAAAUAACUCUACAUUGUGGUGAAGUAUGCAACCCCAAAGAGGUACUGGAAAUGUUAAGAUUUCGCCCAGACCGUAUUGGCCAUGGAGUUUGUAUACACCCAAACUUUGGUGGUACACAAGAAACAUGGGAUGCUCUGUGUAAAUUUCAAAUACCUGUUGAAAUUUGUCUUACUAGCAAUGUCAAUACCAAGUCAACUUUGGAUUACAAUUCACACCAUUUUAAAGAACUAUACAAUGCAAAUAUUCCAGUAAUCAUAUGUACUGAUGAUAAGGGAGUCUUUUCUACAUCUUUGUCUCAAGAAUACAGAAUAUGUGCGGACGUGUUUGGUCUCCAACCACCUCAAUUAGCUAAAUUGGCAUCCAAUGCGGUGGAUUAUGUGUUUGCCGAUGAAGAAAAAAAAUCCAUCAAAGAGAAGAUUUUAAAUUUUAUUAACAAAAAUGGUUUAGAGUGUAUGUCAUAG